GUCACCGAGGCAUCCUAUAGACUGGCCUAUUAAGACUGACAGCUGGGGGGCAGAGGGGGCGAGGUAAUGGUGAUCCCUCCCAGAGUUCCUUCUACACACUUUUCUCCCAGGGUCAGACCGGAUUGCAUCCCCUUUUACUAGCAGCCUCUCCUCCUCCUCCUCCUCCUCUUCUUCUUCCAGACUCGGCACAUGCACAACACGCCACCGCAACGGCCAUCACACUCUCGCCCCGCACGCCCUAAAAACAUCACCACCUCUGUGGAGGGCUUGCACUCCGCUCGCGACGUUGCGCAAGGGAUGGAGAGCCGCGAGGAGAUGCUGGCCCAGGAGGCUCAGACGCGCAAGAGCACCCCGGCUUUGGAGGAUGGGAGCCCCGGUAGAGGUUCGCACGGGAAGCCGGACCGCAGAAGCCGCCUGAGUCCCUUCGCGAGGACGGAGGCGGUGAUGGAGGAGAUCGCCCGCAGGAAUUUGUGCGCGGAGAUGGGAGACAGGCACCGGAGCGACGGCCCCCACGAUAAUAAAGACGGCAGCAGCUCGGACACGGAGUCUGACUUCUACGAGGAAAUCGACGUGAGCUGCACGCCUGAAAGCAUGGACUACCCCUCAGCCAAAGGUCGAAAUGGGGAUUCGCCUGGUCUGCCGAGCGAUUCUGGUUCUGACCUGGGUAAACCGGUGCCAGGUCAGAACUCCCUGUCCUACUCGGCGGAUCAGAUUCGCCGGUACCGCACAGCCUUCACCCGGGAGCAGAUCGCGCGGCUGGAGAAGGAAUUUUACCGGGAGAACUACGUGUCCAGGCCGAGGAGGUGCGAGCUGGCAGCCGCGUUGAAUCUGCCAGAAACUACCAUUAAGGUGUGGUUCCAGAACCGCAGAAUGAAGGACAAACGUCAACGUCUGGCAAUGACGUGGCCUCACCCUGCCGACCCGGCCUUCUACACCUACAUGAUGAGCCACGCGGCGGCCGCGGGGGGCCUGCCCUAUCCCUUCCCGUCCCACCUGCCGCUGCCCUACUACUCGCACCUGGGGGCGGGAGCCGGCUCCGCUGCGGCCCCCGCCUCUCCUUUUCCCACCCCCCUGCGCUCCUUGGACAGUUUCCGCAUGCUGUCCCACCACUACCAGAGGCCGGAACUCCUGUGCGCCUUCAGACACCCGUCCUUGUACCAGAGUCCGGCCCACGGGCUCGGUCCCGGGGGAAGCCCGUGCACUUGUCUGGCCUGUCACUCGGCCCCGUCCAGGCCCCCGGCCUCGGACUUCACCUGCUCCCCAACUAGCAGGACUGAUGCUUUUGUCACUUUUACGCCUUCCGUGUUGAGCAAAGCUUCGCCCGUGACCGUGGACCAGCGGGAGGAGGUGCCCCUAACCAGAUAAAACCCAAACUCUUGUACAGCAUAUAUGCUUCACGCUCAUAUUUAACCUAAUGCCAACAGUCUUUAAGUUGGCACCAGACCAUAGCGCGCGCGCACACACACACA